AUGCAUCUCCAUGAUAUCAUUGCACGUGUGUUCAAACAAAAAUUGAAAUCUCUGAUGAAAUUGAUUACACAUUACUCGGUAUUUGGUGAAACACGAUGUUGGCUUUAUUCUGUUGAAUGGCAAAAACGAGGUUUACCUCAUGCGCAUAUUUCGAUUUGGUUGGUGGACAAAGUACGCCCAGAAAAAAUUGACAAAAUUAUUUCAGCGGAAAUUCCAAAUCCGAAUGUUGAUCAAGAAUUGUUUGACAUUGUGACUACUAAUAUGAUCCAUGGUCCAUGUGGUUCUCUCAACAUGAUGUCACCAUGUAUGGAUAAUGGAAAAUGUACGAAACGUUUUCCUAAACCAUGUCAAACUGACACUAUCACCAAUAUCGAUGGUUAUCCAUCUUACCGUCGUAGAGAUGUAGACAAUGGCGGUCAAUCAUAUGAAUUGCGUCUAUCAAACGGUGUAAGAGUUGACGUCGAUAAUCGCUGGGUGGUUCCAUACUCACCAUUGCUGUGCAAAACCUAUAAAACACACAUAAACGUUGAGUUAUGCAGUUCGGUGAUGUCUAUCAAGUACAUUUGUAAGUACGUUCAUAAGGGCAGUGAUAAAGCUAUAUUUGCUGUUCAGAAUGUAAAUAAGAAUGACGAAAUAAUACAUUAUCAAAUUGGACGAUACAUAAGUAGUAAUGAAGCUAUUUGGCGAAUUUUUACAUUUCCUAUAACUGAAAGGGAUCCUGCUGUUGUACAUUUGGCUGUGCAUCUUGAAAAUGGACAGCGUGGUUAUUUCACAGAACAGAAUGCACUACAACAAGCUUUAACAGCCCCAAAAACAACUCUUACUGAAUUUUUCAACCUUUGUAAUCGACAAGAUAUUGUUGGUGAAUUUGCAAAGACAUUAAUGUAUACUGAUGUUCCUAAAUUUUUUACAUGA